CUCACUUUGCGAGUUCUGCCCACCUCCUCCUGUAAAACCUCUCGUGUUCAUGCCUUCUUUCUUUUCACUCACUGCUUUAAACUGUGUGAACCAAAAAGCAGACAACUUCUUUUUUGUAAUUGAACGUCAUGACUGGGGUGAACUUGUUUCGGUCAAAGUGGAAGCUGGUGCUGAGUGCUUUCCUUAUUUGUAUCGUAAUCUCCGAAUUAGCUCAUUGUCAUAAAGAUGCUCAAGAACAGGGGAGGAGUCCCGGGAAGAAACCCAAGUCUGGAAAACCUAAACUGGCCAAAGCGGCAAAGAAAGGAACCAUGGCUGUGAAAACCAAACCAAUGGUGAAAGCACCAAGUCAGACCUUGCUCACACAGGUUAUAAACAAAGGUAAAUUCAUAAAAUUGGGAGAGACUAUAAGUGUGAACGCUGGAGCUCCUCUAGAGUUGAGGUGCAAGGGUAAACCUGUGCAGUGGAGCGUCCCGUCAUACCUGGAGGAGGAUGAUGAUGGCCGACUCAGGUUUGUUCAGCAUGAAAGAUAUGGCGCGCUGACACUAGUAAACACUACAGGUGCAGACACAGGGGAGUACACCUGCUACCCUAUGUUCUGCGAGGACACAGAUUGCAGAAAGAACUAUGAAAAGGCUGCUAAAGUCUUUGUUUUCUUCCCUGACCCACAGGAGCUUUUCGUCCCAACGUCUGAUUACUAUGAGGUAAUUCAGUUGCGCACCAACUGGCCGACCCGUCUGCCCUGCCAGGUAACGUCACCCGCAGCCAAUGUGACACUGCACCGUGAGUUCCCGCCAGUGGAGGUGGCAGUGGAUGGAACGGAAAUCUCUUUCAACGUGAAGAAAGGUUUCACCAUCCAUCGACCACGGCCCUAUCAUGCCGGGGCGUUGUACUGUGUGGCCAGCCUGGGUGGCCUGAGGCAGAGCUCCACCAAGUACAUGCUCAUCUAUGUCAAUUACCCAAUGGCUCCCCCUGCUCCAGUGAUCCAGGCCAGUUCGAGCUCUUUGGCUACUGGUGAAAAUCUUCGUGUCAGCUGUACUGUGAUGGGAGAGAAAAAUAUGGCAGUAGAGAUCACAUGGGACUACCCUGGACAACAGAUAGGAAGGCCUCAGUACACGCUCGAGAGCAUCAAUCCAGUCACCGGGGGUGCAACUGGACAACAGACUCAGUCCAUUCUCCUGGUGGACGAGGUGAGAGACGUGGACCAAGGAGUAUACACAUGCACGGCCGAGAACCUACAAGGAUCGAAAUCAGUAUCCACAACAGUCAAAGUGCUUCACAAAGCAAAGCCUACAAAACCUUGAUGGCCAAAUGUCUGAAAGAGGGCAGUGUUUUACAGUUUUGGAUUGAACCAUAGUCCUGAAAAGACAUGCAAAAAUUUCGGGAAUACAUGUUCUUUAGAAAUGUGUGACAAAUAUGGUGUCACAACUUUGUGUAUUGACCUGAUUUUGAGACAUAUAUAUUUACUUUUUAAAUUUUUUGUACUUUUAAAAUGACUCAGAUGUUAACAGUAGUUUAUUAUGAGAACAAAAGGGGGCUUUAUUUAUGCACACUUACAUUAAACUGGGGAAGAAUUGUUGUUGAGUUCGAUCUGACAGAUGUAUUCAACUAAUUUUUGUGUGCAGAAUUCAAAACUAAUUUCAUUUUUUCUCCUUCACGUUGAUCACAUUUUGCUAAACAUAUCUAUUUUUGGUAUGAUUUACAGGCAAAGCAGUAGUGGAAUAUAAUGAAGUAAAACUAAAUCGUUACUGUACUUAAGUACUUUUUACUUUUACUUCACUACAUUUUACAACAGGUAUCUGAGCUUUUUACUCCACUACUUUUCAAAUUGUCGCGUGCGUUACACAUUACUUUUGUUUGGUUUCUUAAUUUUUCUCAUGAAUUCGUAGUUUUGUUUUCAUGCCUCCGGCACAAUCGAUAAGCCCCGUGCAACUAUACUGUAACUGAGCACCAGAGGUAGCAGCAUGAGUGCAAGCAAGAUUAAGCGGGUGAACAAGAUAUUGAACAAUAAAAACCACCACACUCUUGUACAGUAGGUGGUAGUAUGCACCUAAUGGUUGCUUGCAAGCUGCCAUUAAGCUAAGUUUUCUGAGUUUUUGAGCUUGUUAGGCUUCUGUUUACAGUGCAUUAAAUUUUGUUGAUAGUUCUUUUCAAUCCUGCACAGUUUUAAAUAAAAUUGAGAAGUCAAUGAA